GGUAGGGCGCAGGUCGCAGGGUCCCGUACUUUACUUCCUGGCUCUUUACACUUCUCACACAUCAUCCUGACGUCGAUUGCAUUGGGCGAGCGGUAACGUCGUCAUGCGCGUGUUGUGUGUCGCUGAAAAACCAUCCAUUGCGAGGUCAAUCAGCCAAAUCCUGUCUGGUGGCAGGAUAACAACUAGGCAGACUCAAUGUAAAUUCAUCAAGAAUUUCGACUUUGACUAUCCACAGAUGAAUUCCGCCUUCACGAUGACUGCCGUCGCUGGGCAUUUGCUCGAGCACAACUUCUCAGAUGCAUACAAUCGUUGGUAUUCGUGCGAUCCGAUUUCAUUGUUCGAUGCUCCAUUACAUGUUGCGGUUCCCGCCGACUUCAAGUCCAUCGAACGAAAUCUUUUGACCGAAGCGCGUACAGCAGAUACCUUAAUGAUUUGGACGGACUGUGACAGGGAGGGUGAAAACAUUGGAUGGGAGAUCAUGUCCGUCUGUCGCAAAGCGCGACCGAACAUCCUUGUCAAACGAGCCAGGUUCAGCGCUAUCAUUGCACAGCAAAUUCACCGUGCUGCACAGCAUUCAGUGGAACUUGACAAAGCCCAAGCAGAUGCCGUAGAAGCGCGGAUUAUCCUUGAUCUGCGCAUCGGAGCAGCUUUCACUCGCAUGCAAACCCUUACUCUUCGGCAACGUUUGCCCCAAUUCAAAGACAUACGUGUAGUAUCGUACGGGCCAUGUCAGUUCCCUACGUUGGGCUUUGUUGUCGCCAGGUAUAAUCAGGUGAAGUCUUUCACCCCCGAAGACUUUUGGUACAUCUUCCUUUCAUUGGAUCGCGAGAUUAGCGGCGAGGUGAAGAAGGUCGAUUUCACAUGGAGAAGAGGUCACCUAUUUGCGGCUGACGUAGUCAUCGAGAUAUAUGAGGGUAUCGUGGCAUCACCGCGAGCGCGGGUGAUAAAAGUAACGAAGAAGAACGUCAAGAAAUGGAAACCUUUGCCGUUGACUACUGUCGAGCUUCAGAAGGCUGGUUCGCGUUUACUCAAGCUUGCCCCCAAGAAAGUCCUAGAUAUCGCAGAGAAACUGUAUCAGCAAGGUUUUCUGUCAUAUCCACGUACAGAGACGGAUCAAUAUGACCCGAAGUUUGACUUCAUGAGCUUGAUCGCAAAGCAGACUGUGGAUCGUACGUGGGGGAUGUUUGCACAAGGACUGCAGGAAGGUGGGUUCAACACUCCCCGCCAGGGAAAGAACAACGACAAAGCACAUCCCCCCAUCCAUCCCACCGCGCAUGCCGGGAACUUGGCUGGAGAUGAUAAGAAGGUGUACGAUUUCAUCACACGGCGAUUCCUAGCGAGUUGUUCCAAGGAUGCUGAAGGUUCUGAGACCACCGUCGAAGUCGAGUAUGGUGGAGAAGAGUUUUAUGCUACUGGUUUAAUCGUGCUACAGCGGAACUACCUGGAUGUCUAUCCGUACGAUAAGUGGAAUGCAAAGGAGAUACCCAACUUCAGGGAUGGAGAGGAGUUUGAACCUACAUCCUGUGAGAUCAAAGAGGGAAAGACGACGCCACCAUCCUUGCUCACUGAGGCGGACCUAGUUGCAUUGAUGGACAAGAAUGGCAUAGGGACAGAUGCGACCAUUGCUCAACACAUACAGACUAUCAUUGAUCGUGAGUACGUGAUUGAGCGGAUGGAUGGAACCACAAAGCACCUCUUGCCCUCCACCCUUGGCAUGGGGUUGGUGGAGGGAUACAACGAGAUUGGGUUCGAUCGCAGUCUGUCGAAGCCGCAACUACGACGUGAGGCAAAGCGCAGCAUGGUUCAAGUGUGCGAAGGAACUAAAUCCAAGGAUCAAAUGCUCUUGGAGAGCAUCGAACAGUACCGAGAGAUGUAUAUAAUUGCCAAAAGGGAAUUUGAUAAAGUUCUUUCGGUAAGUUUUACUGUCUUCGUAUAGAGUGCUUUGGGUGAUGGCUUCAGAGUGUGCGAAGGUAUAUCGAAGGCAAUAGGACGGAGGACCCCGGACGUCGGGAUGGUGGUCAUAAUCCUGGCGGAGGAAACAGUGGUGCGGGCAACGGCGGUGGCGGCGGAGGUGGGAGAGACGAUCAUGA